AUGUCAAUACACAAUUUCAAGCUUUCAAAGACAAUCCAUCGUGUGAUUCUUAUCGGCAGUCUCAACGAUUACGGAGCUGUGUGUGCGGCGUGCCUAGCCUUAUCACCUUUUCUUCAAACACAAAAGGUUGUUAUUACGCAACACGUCACUUUUGCCGGUGAUGGUAACGCUAAACCCACAUCCCAAACGCCUCCAGAUUCGCCAAGCGUCUCCUGGGGAAGUGAAGAAACUAACCAACACCAAAAAAAGGGUGCACAUGAGGCCGCGGCCGCUUUGGACGCCAUCCGAGAAGAAGCUUUGCGGACCUACCGCAAUGGGGGCUCUGAGAUGGAUGUUCCGUAUCAGUACUAUUACGGUCGGAUAGGCCCCAAAAAGGACGAGAUACCUGCACUAUUGGAACACAUUUCUCUCCAUGCUGACGGGCCUCUCCCCAUCAAUCUUCAGCACGAUUUACUUGUCUGUGUGUUGAGAGGGAUCUUAAAGGAUGAUUCCAUUCCUAACCCGAGAGCCAUACCUGAAAUAGAAAGGCUGUGCAAUCUUUCAGGCAACACCUUUUCUGGGCAUUUACUACUCAUCGUGGACAGUGAUCCUUAUUCGGUUGAACUUUUGAAUCGUUUCAUAGAAUUUAUUCAAAAAACUUCAAAGGUGGCUCAUGCUUCACGCCUUCCAAACUUGAUUGUCGUGCGCACUGAAGAUUUCAGUCCACCAGCGCUGCAUUUUAUGCUUACAAAGUGCAGUGUUAUGAGGCCAAGCGGUAUUCUGGGCAUGAUAGAAAGCGUGAGUGCCGGUAUUGCGUUGGGUGUUCUCACCUAUCUUCCCGUGUUUCGGCGCGACGAUGUGCCUUUUGUCCCAAUAGAUGUCGCUAUAAACACUGGACUCCUCGCCUUUACAGCAAUCCAAAACAAUUUCAUUCAGCCAUCCCUCCCUAUUGGUGCGAGCAUAGUAGGUACCGCGGAUACAAGGGUAGUCCGCGUGGAUGUCAAUAACCGCAAUUCGUUAGUCUGGGGCAUGGUAGCUGAGUAUAUCUUAGACUACUACGGCCGUUACGUUAAGAAGAUCUCAACGGUGUUUCCAGCGGAAGGCUUCCUCAGUAAUUCCCCCAAGAUUCAAUUUUUGUUCAGCACACAGGACGUUAUGAAUUGGGGUCCUGAGGCAAUCGACUAUUCACGAUGUAGGGAACAGAGUAAAGCACAGAGCCGCCGAAGAAGACUUUUUGAAACUUUUCCUGAUAAAAAAAAGAUUUCGAAUUUCUUUCUGCAUUUAGACAAAAUCAUACAAAAUGUCGAGGCGGUCUUGAAGCAUCACAAUAGGGUAACUAAAAAAGGAGAAAAAAGUUUGUUGAGAUUAGUUUCCUUCGGAAAGGGACAUAUCAAUGGGAAAGAUGAAAAAAUAGGUGGGAACGAUCUGAACGGCACCGUCACCCCUCACAUCUCAUGUGCAGAUAGUAGUGCUAUUUUCGGGUCUAUUGCGUAUCAGGAUCUUAUAGAACUUCUUCAGACCACCCAUCACACAGCUCCCCAAUCCCAGUACGUUUCCUUGAACGAAGUGGAAUGGAGCAUGUACAUCCGCUGUAUCGCUCGUAGCGUCCUACAGCAUUUUGCCUUGUGUUGGUUACGCGUGGGACAAGUGUAUCAGUCGACCCCCCAGCUAAUGCGACUUCCAAAACCUGUCCACUCCUUUGUUAACGACUUUAAUUAUGUAUCUGAAGCGCGAGAACCGCCAUUUCCGUCUAAAUGGCGUCAGUUCUUGGGGCCUGUUGACCAUAGCAUACGUGCGGGUAUGUGUGCGACAGGUUGCCGCGGGCCGAUGGUGAAGGGUCUGACCCUACAAGUACUUUCAACCAUUCUCGAAAAUCCAUCCAUCCAGAAGGAAAUAUCCAACACCGCAAUAUCUGAAGCGCAAUCUGUGGAGAAAAUCAAGGAGCGCGCUGAACGCAUGAUCCUACGCAUAGGUGAUACUCAAAACCAUUUCUACUGUCGUUCUAUAGGGUUUUUGGUCCAGAAGUUCCUAAACACUGUAUACUGCGGCGUCAGCUGCAAUGAUGGCACGUACGAGCGCCUCUUUCGUUGGAGCCGAAUGCCCUGUGUUGAGCUCGUUUACAUCCCACUGCAUCGUUCGUAUUCUGAUUUCCUCCUUGUGUCGGAUAUUCUUGCGUCUAUGGGUCUAUCCCCACCGCAUGUGGUAACCGGUGAAGACUUUCUUGGAUUAGGCAAGUUUUCGGAGCUAAUGCGCGGGAGUGGAUCCUUUUUCAUGCGACGCAAUUUCCGAGGAGACACGCUGUAUACUGCACUGUUUAGGAAGUACGUUCAUCAACUGAUGAUACGCCAUCUGCCGAUUGAGUUUUUUAUUGAAGCCAUGCGUAGCCGUACUGGGAAAACAAAAACGCCAAAAUUGGGAAUGCUAAAGUUCAUUAUGGAGGUGUUCUUCAACUUGACGCAAAAGGAACGACUGCAUGAUGUUCUUUUUGUGCCGAUAAGCAUUUCUUAUGAUGAAGUGUUGGAAGCUAAGAUUUUUGCGGAGGAGCUUCUGGGUAUCCCAAAACCUAAGGAAACCCUCAGUAACAUGGUCAAGGCCUUCAAAAACCUCAACCAUCGUUAUGGCAACAUUUACAUGCAUUUUGGCGAUGCUAUUUCGCUUAGGGAAUUCAUAGAAACCUGGGAUUGUUGCCAGCCCCUUCCAAAGUCCGGAAAUAAACCUAUCUCGAGCACGCCUCAAAAUGGCAGUUCCGAUGCGAACCCCUCAGGCUCUCCCACUCUAUUCGCUAAAAAUGCAAUGCCCGAGAAGGAGUACAAGCCUCCAGCUGCACUACUAGAGGCCCUGGGCUGGCACAUCACGCACAGACUCCAGGAGAAUAUCGUCAUCACCCCUGCGGCGGUAGUGGCCUCUGCCGUCGAAUGUACUCUACCCGUUUGUGAGGCCGAAGGUACCAGCCUAUCACUUACGCGCCUCCAUACAACGAUUGUGAUGUUAAUUCAGGCAGUUAAACAAAGAGGUGGGAAUAUGAGUUCCAUAUUCUAUACGCUCCCAAGUACUGAAGACGCUAAUAGCUCGACGGAUAGGACGAAUUUUGUUCGUUCGCUCGCUUCUACGCCUGAUAUCGCGCGGGUUAUGCAGCAGGGCGUGGAGAACCUUGGUCAAUUCCUUCGUGUGCAGUCCAGUAAUGUGGGGGUCGGCGAGGUAAUGUACCAUCCACCAACCGCAACAUCCCGUCUUGCCGUUCAUAUAUCAGCCAAUCAAUUGGUUCAUGUAUUUAUCGACGAGGCUGUUGUAGCCGUUGUGGCUCACGGCUACGGUACAUUGACCUCCUCCUCCUCCUCCACUGGAAACACUGCAUGUGUGGUGAACCAAACCGUUCUAAAGAGCAUAACCCGACUGCUUCGCCAACUUCUCUCAAAGGAAUUCCCAGACUUCUCGCAGAGUUGUCCCGAUAGCUUUGACGCCUGGAUGCAGCAUACACUAGCACGUUUUCACUUGGAUGAUUCAAAGUGGAAUGGGUCAGACGAUGAAUACUGCGUCAAAGGCAACGAAGCUCAUGGAAAGGAUGAUCUCAUCUCUUUACCCAUCACCCCGCUCAACGAUUUUUUGCUGCAGCUUAUCUUCCCGUACAUGGAUAUCUUGUAUUUGGUCUGUGUAGCGACACUUGUGCUGCUCGAAAUGUUUCCCGAGCAACCACUUUACACAAAACCAAUGAUUACUGCCAUCUUCAAGACCGCUUUAAGUCUGUUCGAAGAGCAAAAUAUCAUUAGGUACGUAACAAUAUGCAAUAACGAUACAGUCAACAAUUGCCUUGAUUCCCUUUUGAAGCUUCCUCUAAUGCAUAAUCUCUCAAAAUUCACGCUGUUGGAGAGGAAGCAGAGGAAGCAUGCUCCAAAAUUGCCAUCCCUUGAUGACAAGAACGUGUCUUCCUCAAUGAAAGAUCUCAUUAAGAAGCUGCAUGCUCUUCGGUUGCCCCAAUCCAUGGAUCCUAAUGAAGAGAUGCAUACUGUUAAAAGAACCCUGUUACGUUGUUACGCGGAUGUGAGCGAAGGAGCAAAGUUGUAG